GGCGCGGGCCCGCGGACGGAGGCCAGGUCCCCGCGGCGCGGGGCGGGCGGUAGACGCGAGGGGACGCGUCGCCGGCUCCUCCCCGUGCGGACUCGGGCGGCUCGCGGACGGGCGGUGGACACACUGCUGUCGGUGCAGGAGACUCGUCCUGGUGGCGUGUCCAAGUGCAGUCAAAGUGUGGCUUGUAAGUCUGCUUCAGCAAACCUUUCGAUGCCUGGCCUUCCUCUACGGAUUAUACUCCAAUUCUUGUUUAGAAAAUGGGUCCUACCAGACGCCUUGUUACCAUCAAAAGGAGUGGGGUCGACGGCCCCCACUUUCCUUUGAGCCUCAGCAGCUGCUUGUUUGGAAGGGCUAUCGAGUGUGACAUUCGUAUUCAGCUUCCUGUAGUGUCAAAACAACACUGCAAAAUUGAAAUCAGGGAUCAGGAGGCAGUGUUGUUUAAUUUCAGUUCCACAAAUCCAACACAAGUGAAUGGAGCUGCUAUUGAGAAACCUGUGCAGCUGAAGCACGGAGACGUGAUAACCAUUGUCGAUCGGUCUUUCAGGUAUGAAAAUGAAAGCGAUCAGAAUGGAAGCGCGGCAGCUGAAUCUCCACGGGAACAGGAACCUUCGCGUCGGGCUUCAAGAUCUAGCAUCUCAUCCAACCCCAGCGGGGACGGUCAGGACGCCCGCGUCCGGUCCAAGGUCACUGAAGAGGAUGUUUCAGGCAGGGCUCUGGCGCACGUGACGAAGGCCCCUGAAGCCCGGAACGUCUCAGAGGAUCCUGCUGCCAGGAGAACAUCGCAUGGCGUUCAUCCCUCAGGACAGGCUGCAGGGGACUCCGGAAAGGCGCCAGAUCCCGCUGCUGGGGAUUGUAAGGACGAUUCCACAGUCACCUUAGGGAGCCGGAGCGGAGAACUGAAGGCUUUUUCCUCGAUGCAGUGUCUUAGGAAUGGUGAGCAGGGAGACUCUCCCUUUAGGAGGCUCUACGAGUCCCUGAAGGUGGAGUUAGAUGUGAAAUCGGCGUCAGUCGAUGGUCCGCAGAGUCGGAGGAAGUCAGGGUCCCAGGGUCCCCGCACAACAGAAGGAGAAAGUGCUGCUGAUGGGGUGCAGACGCCCGGCUCCCUCACACCCAGACCAAAGUCGGGCCGAAGCCCCCAGACGAAGGCAGACCCUGCUGGGGGCGAGCCGGGACGAGGCCGGAGCCUGGACAAGGGGAGCGAUGGGGAGCCAGCUCGGUCUCCCGGCCUCCCCCGCACGGGGACCCAGAGGACCAGGACCCCGGCCCCCGGGCGGGCCGCACAGCCCAGUCCUCGGAGGCGUCGGAGCGAAGAGCUGCGUGUCAUUCAUGGAAGUGAAUCCCCGCGUCUAGGUCAAGGUCAGAGCGAAGGCUUCAGGGCAGACAGUAAGGCAUGGAUGCCUCGGAAGUUCUUACCCAGAGAUCAGACACCCGUCAAAGUUGAAGAGCCUGACAGUUUUGCAAUUACACCGGAAAAAUUCUCCAAAAAGAGGAAGAGUAUUUCUACAAAUGCUGACGAUCUGGCUACGGCAGUGGAAAUGCAGGCUAUUUCAGCUCCACUGGUCCUUCAAGCUGAAAGGAAGAAUCAAAGUGAUGUUUUCAACAAGCCCGAGAAGCUGGGCACGGCCGCUGGGCAGAUGGGCCCUGGGUUACCUGGCCUUAGCUCAGCUGACAUCAGCGGCUUCAGUGAUGCCAUGAAGAAGACGGAGGGGGUGCCCCCGAAGAGGAGGCGGGUCUCCUUCGGGGGGCGUCUGAGGCCCGAGUUAUUCGAUGAGAACUUACCUCCUAACACGCCUCUCAAGAGAGGGGAGACGCCAAAGCAGAGGAGGUCGCUGGCCACCCACACGCCAGCUGUGCUGAAGAAAAUCAUCAAGGAGCAGCCUCAGCCAUCCGGGAAGGAAGAUUCUUCAGAAACCCAUCGGGAAACGACCGCACAACAUGCUCGCCUGAGAUCGCCAGCUCCUCCGGCGCCCCACGCCUCUCCAGCCGCACCCGAUCGGUGCCGUGGGUCCGCCGAGGCGCCCUCCGUCUCCAGCGGCAGCACAGCUCCUCACCAGACAGAGCCGCCCAAGAGAGGAGGCAGGAAGAGCGGCAGCCUGCCUUUGAAGAGAGCCUCCCUGGAUCGGGGCCAGCACGGGAUUUUACAGAUGAUUUACUCCAGGCGAAGGAGUGGCGCUUCUGAGGCCAAUUUAAUUGUGGCCAAAUCCUGGGCAGACGUCGUGAAAUUCGGGGCCAAGCAGACACAGAGCAAAGCCGUCAAGCGCGGGCCUCCGAGACCGCUGAGCAAGAAGCCCAGGAGGACCAAUCCGCCCAAGAAGCCGACUGACAUUCUUCAGAACCAGUUCAGCACAGGCCACGCCAACUCUCCCUGCACCAUCGUGGUAGGAAGAGCUCACCUGGAGAAAGUGACCGGGCCGGCUCGGCCCUGCAGGAUCCUCAACAGCUUUGUGCCCCACAAACCAUUGGACUUUGGCGAAGAUCUGUCAGGGCUGACGGAAAUGUUUAAGACGCCAGCGAAAGAGAAGCCACACAGGAUGAGCACGUGUGCCUCCACUUUUUCAAAUCCAGAGGAUCUACUUGGGAAAAAGCUUCUGGGACCUCAUCCAGGAGAAAAACCUCUGCUGUGCACUCCAGAAAUUGGGGGAGGGGACGUGUCCCUCGGGCCGGAGGAUUCGCCAAAAGAGCCGGCAGAUAGAAGCUCCGAAAGCCCAGUCCUGAGACGCCCACCUAUUAGAAUGAAUGAAAGUAUUGCCAAAAUUCCUAGGAGUGUCUCUAAAACGACAGGUGCCGAGAUGAAAUCUCCGGGGUCCGAGGCAGAGCUGCCAAAGGCAGCAUCCAGUGCAAACAGGCCUAGAAGGUCCUCGGAGCUCAGGGGUCCACAGACGCCGGGUCCUGAGAGACAGGCCGCAGGCUCAAGACCCCACACUGUCCAGGACGCCCUGGGAAGAUGCCUGGGGAACACGCCGCUGGCCACGCCCGAGCUGGAGAGAGAGAGGAGGGACAGUGAAAGGCCUUUUGAAUCGGGGAAGGAGAACGUCGAAUCCAAAGAAAGUUCUACCAAGACGUCAGCUGGGAGGAGAUCCGGAGCCGCUUCCGAGGUCAAGUGUGAACCAGUGGUGGACCUGAUCCCCGUGGAGGCCCUGCCCGAGCCAGAGCCCCCGGGGGCGGCGCAGGUGGACCGGCCAGGACUCUGGCAGACGCCAGCCCGGGCCAAGGAAGCAGCGGGUGCUGAGAACAGAGCCGCAGGCACGUGCUGCAAACCGCCUGGAGCGGAAAGAGCUGGGACGACCUCCAGGAGGAGUGCACAGCUGAAGACCCCCUCCCGGAAAGGGGACCCCGAGGGGCCCUUGGUCCCCGGGAAGCCCUCACGGACACCGGGGGCCACCACGCCUGUGCGCAGAGCCUCUGGGGAUGGUAAAAGCAUCAAGCUGUUUAGGGAAACUCCAGAGCAGAAACGGAUCCCUGCAGAAGGUGGAACUCGAAGCAAGAGGCGGCCAAGGAGGCCCAAGGAGAAGACCCGACCCCUGGAAGAGCUGGCUGGCCUCAGAGAGCUCUUCCAGACCCCACAGCACGCCAAGGACCCCACGGCUGAAGCCGAAACCCCGGGAAUGCGCUGCCAGCCUCCACGAGCAGCACCCAUCCUCAGCUUAGACAGCAUAACCGGGCCACUCAAGACACCUCCCCAGAGAGCAGACACGGGGUACUGUCUCUCAGCCCUCAAGAAGCCCCGGCAAACGCCAGGAGGAGCGGGGCUCUCCUACAGGAACCCAGACGGUGGGGACAGAGGCACUGCAGGGUUGCAGGAAGCUCCAGAACAGAGCCUGGACUCCGUAGAACACAUAACAGGAAUUAAGAGGCGGCCAAGGACGCCCAAGGAGAAGACCCGACCCCUGGAGGACCUGGCUGGCCUCAGAGAGCUCUUCCAGACCCCACAGCACGCCAAGGACCCCGGGACUGACAACAAAACCCCCAAAACACACUGUCAGUCUCCACAACCAGAACCAGUGAACACACCAAGUAGGAAGGGAUGGCUCAAGACCCCUUCCCAGAAAGGGGACACAGACGCGGAGCUCUCAGCGCCCAGGACACCCCGACAAACACCAGGAGGAGCAAAGCUCUUAGAGAGAGAACCAGAGAGUGGGGACAGAGGUGCUGCAGCAUCUCGGGAAGCUCCGGAACAGAAACUGGACGCUGCUGAACGUGGAACAGGAGUUCAGAGGCGGCCAAGGACGCCCAGGGAAAAGGCACAGUCUCUGGAAGACCUGGCUGGCUUCCAAGAGCUCUUCCAGACCCCACCUCACGCCAAGGACCCAGUGACCAGUGACAAAACCUCCAAAACAGAACCAGUCAACACACCAGCAAGUGGGAAGAGAGGGCUCAGAACCCCUCCCCAGAAGGUGGAGGUGCCGGAGGGUGUCUCAGGCCUCAGGCAGCCUCGGCAAACACCAGGAGACACUGUGAGCUCAAAGGGUGGGGACAGAGGCACUGCAGGGUCGCAGGAAGCUCCAGAACAGAGCCUGGACUCCGUAGAACACAUAACAGGAAUUAAGAGGCGGCCAAGGACGCCCAAGGAGAAGACCCGACCCCUGGAGGACCUGGCUGGCCUCAGAGAGCUCUUCCAGACCCCACUUCACACCAAGGCACCCAUGGCCAUUGUCAAAACACCCCAAGUUUCCCACCUUUCUCCACAACCAGAGGCCACUGUCACACCAACCAAUAGGAAGAGACAGCUCAGGACGCCUCUGGGGAAGGUGGUCGUAGAGGCUGGGGGCUCGGCUCCCGGGAAACCCACACGAGCCCUGGGGGAGACCCCGCACACGCACAGCGAGCCAGGAGGUGGUGGUGAGAGCAUCAGGUUAUUUCAGGAAACUCCAAAGCAGAAACUGGACGCUGCAGAAAAUGCAGGUGGAAGCAAGAGGCGGCCAAGGACGCCCAGGGAAAGGGCACAGUCUCUGGAAGACCUGGCUGGCUUCCAAGAGCUCUUCCAGACCCCACCUCACGCCAAGGACCCAGUGACCAGUGACAAAACCCCCAAAACACCCUGUCUGUCUCCACAGCCAGAGCCAGUCAACACACCAGUGAGUAGGAAGAGAGGGCUCAGAACCCCUCCCCAGAAGGUGGGCACAGAGGCUGAGCUCUCAGCACCCAGGAAGCCCAGACAGACACCGGAGGAAGCCGGGCACUCAGACAGAGGACCAGCAGCUGAGGAGGAAGACAAAGCAUUUAAGAAAACGCUGAAGCAGAAACUGGACUCAGCAGAAAAUGUAGCUGGAGAACGGAAGAGACCAAGGAGAACACUCGGGGAGAAAGUCCCACCCCUGGAAGACCUGGCUGGCUUCCAGGAACUCUUCCAAACCCCAUGUCGUGCCAAGGACCCCGUGGCUGAGGACGGGACCCCGGAAAUGCCCUGCCAUGCUUCACAAGCAGCAGCACCUGUUACGUCCACCAGCAAGACCCGAACAUCCAAGACCCCUUCUCAGAAGGCAGACACGCGGGACGGUCUCUCAGCGCUGAGGAAGCCUCGGCAGACACCAGGAGGAACAGGGCUCGCGGACAGACGACCAGGUGGGGACGGAGGCGCUGCAGCAUCUCGGGAAGCUCCGGAACAGAAACUGGACGCUGCUGAACGUGGAACAGGAGUUCAGAAGCUGCCAAGGACGCCCAGGGAAAAGGCACAGUCUCUGGAAGACCUGGCUGGCUUCCAAGAGCUCUUCCAGACCCCACUUCACACCAAGGCACCCAUGGCCAUUGUCAAAACACCCCAAGUUUCCCACCUUUCUCCACAACCAGAGGCCACUGUCACACCAACCAAUAGGAAGAGACAGCUCAGGACGCCUCUGGGGAAGGUGGUCGUAGAGGCUGGGGGCUCGGCUCCCGGGAAACCCACACGAGCCCUGGGGGAGACCCCGCACACGCACAGCGAGCCAGGAGGUGGUGGUGAGAGCAUCAGGUUAUUUCAGGAAACUCCAAAGCAGAAACUGGACGCUGCAGAAAAUGCAGGUGGAAGCAAGAGGCGGCCAAGGACGCCCGGGAAAAGGGCACAGUCUCUGGAAGACCUGGCUGGCUUCCAAGAGCUCUUCCAGACCCCACCUCAUGCCAAGGACCCAGUGACCAGUGACAAAACCUCCAAAACAGAACCAGUCAACACACCAGCAAGUGGGAAGAGAGGGCUCAGAACCCCUCCCCAGAAGGUGGAGGUGCCGGAGGGUGUCUCAGGCCUCAGGCAGCCUCGGCAAACACCAGGAGACACUGUGAGCUCAAAGGGUGGGGACAGAGGCACUGCAGGGUCGCAGGAAGCUCCAGAACAGAGCCUGGACUCCGUAGAACACAUAACAGGAAUUAAGAGGCGGCCAAGGACGCCCAAGGAGAAGACCCGACCCCUGGAGGACCUGGCUGGCCUCAGAGAGCUCUUCCAGACCCCACAGCACGCCAAGGACCCCGGGACUGACAACAAAACCCCCAAAACACACUGUCAGUCUCCACAACCAGAACCAGUGAACACACCAAGUAGGAAGGGAUGGCUCAAGACCCCUUCCCAGAAAGGGGACACAGACGCGGAGCUCUCAGCGCCCAGGACACCCCGACAAACACCAGGAGGAGCAAAGCUCUUAGAGAGAGAACCAGAGAGUGGGGACAGAGGCGCUGCAGCAUCUCGGGAAGCUCCGGAACAGAAACUGGACACUGCUGAACGUGGAACAGGAGUUCAGAGGCGGCCAACGACGCCCGGGAAAAGGGCACAGUCUCUGGAAGACCUGGCUGGCUUCCAAGAGCUCUUCCAGACCCCACUUCACACCAAGGCACCCAUGGCCAUUGUCAAAACACCCCAAGUUUCCCACCUUUCUCCACAACCAGAGGCCACUGUCACACCAACCAAUAGGAAGAGACAGCUCAGGACGCCUCUGGGGAAGGUGGUCGUAGAGGCUGGGGGCUCGGCUCCCGGGAAACCCACACGAGCCCUGGGGGAGACCCCGCACAUGCACAGCGAGCCAGGAGGUGGUGGUGAGAGCAUCAGGUUAUUUCAGGAAACUCCAAAGCAGAAACUGGACGCUGCAGAAAAUGCAGGUGGAAGCAAGAGGCGGCCAAGGACGCCCAGGGAAAGGGCACAGUCUCUGGAAGACCUGGCUGGCUUCCAAGAGCUCUUCCAGACCCCACCUCACGCCAAGGACCCAGUGACCAGUGACAAAACCCCCAAAACACCCUGUCUGUCUCCACAGCCAGAGCCAGUCAACACACCAGUGAGUAGGAAGAGAGGGCUCAGAACCCCUCCCCAGAAGGUGGGCACAGAGGCUGAGCUCUCAGCACCCAGGAAACCCAGACAGACACCGGAGGAAGCCGGGCACUCAGACAGAGGACCAGCAGCUGAGGAGGAAGACAAAGCAUUUAAGAAAAUGCGAAAGCAGAAACUGGACUCAGCAGAAAAUGUAGCUGGAGAACGGAAGAGACCAAGGAGAACACUCGGGGAGAAAGUCCCACCCCUGGAAGACCUGGCUGGCUUCCAGGAGCUCUUCCAAACCCCAUGUCGUGCCAAGGACCCCGUGGCUGAUGAUAUACCCACCAAAAUGCCCUGUACAUCUCCACCAGCAGAACCAGUUACCAGGCGGACAACCAGACAGAGGCGGCUCAGGUCACCACCAGGGGAAGUGGACGCAGAAGGGCCGUCAGCGCCCAGGAAGCCCACCCGGGCAGCGAGGGAAACCAGAACCACAGGGUCAGAACCGGCAGCUGAUGAGAAAGACGUCGCAGUGUUUAAGGAAACUUCGGGGCCGAACCUGGACUCAGCGGAUGAGGUUGUUGGCACCAGGAGUCGGCUGAGAUCACAUAAGGAAAAGGCCCAGCCGCCGGGAGGCCCGGGCAGUGUAAAGGAGCCCUUCCCAAGGCCAGACCAGGCCAAGGAAGAGGUGGGUGAGGUUAAAAUCGCUGCAGCGCCCUGCCCACCUCCACCUGCGGGACCGGCCAGCAGGCCCACCAGACAGAGACGGCUCAGGUCACCACCAGGGGAAGUGGACCCAGAAGGGCCGUCAGCGCCCAGGAGGCCCACCCGGGCAGCAAGGGAAACCAGAACCACAGGGUCAGAACCGGCAGCUGGUGAGAAAGACAUCGCAGUGUCUAAAAGAACCUCCGGGAAGGAACUCAACCCUGCCGCAAGUGUAAGUGGCGUCAAGAGUCGGCUGAGAACAUCUAAAGAAAAGAUCCAGCCCAUGGAAGACAAGCCCAGUCUCCCAAAGCCAGACCAGGCCACGGAAGAGGUGAGUGAGGUUAAAAUCGCUGCAGUGCCCUGCCCACCUCCACCCGUGGGACCAGCCAGCAGGCCCACCAGACAGAGGCGGCUCAGGUCACCACCAGGGGAAGUGGAUGCAGAAGGGCCGUCAGCGCCCAGGAGGCCCACCCGGGCAGCGAGGGAAACCAGAACCACAGGGUCAGAACCGGCAGCUGAUGAGAAAGACAUCGCAGUGUUUAAGGAAACUUCGGGGCCGAACCUGGACUCAGCGGAAGAGGUUGUUGGUACCAAGAAUCGGCUGAGAUCACAUAAGGAAAAGGCCCAGCCGCCGGGAGGCCCGGGCAGUGUAAAGGAGCCUUUCCCAAGGCCAGACCAGGCCAAGGGACUGGGAAAUGAUGCUGCCGUCGUUAAGACAGCCCUGAGGCCAACAGCAGGCAGAAGACGGCCUGCAGAAACAUCCCGAAGUGACCUCAGGGCCUCUAAAGUCAGAUCCACGGAAGACCCUGGGGGCGCAUCACCAAGUGAAAGCCACGCAUCCCCCCAGAGGGAACAGGGAGAGGCCGGCCGGGCCUCAGGGAGGAAGAGGCUGCGCCCCGAUACGGCCGUGCAGGAGCCCGGGGACGAAAAGCCACUGCAGAAGAGGCAGAGGGCGGCCCCCAGGGAGAGAGGGGACCUGCCCGACCCCCUGGGCAUGAAGCAGAAAAACCUGAGAGUCGCGGUCCAGAAGACUGAGCCCGUGGGAAAGCUGCCUGAGGGUGACUUGAAAACGGAUGCUGCUGGACCAGGAGAUGCCGCAGGCGCUCCAGACAAGGGAAUGUCCCUGCAUCCUAGGCGCCCGAAUAAAACCGAUUUAGAAGAGCAGAGACCUGAGUGUCUUCCGUCUGCAGAAAAGAUGAGAAGAACGAGGCAUGAAAAGAAGUCUGUGAAGACCUCCGGAGAGAGGGCGCUGCGAGGCCGGGAGGAUGGAGCCGAAAAUCCCACCUCGGGGGGCAAAGUUCAAGAGCGUCAGGUGCGCUCGAGAUCCGGGGGGCAGAAUAAGACACUUCCGCCUGACGCAGCCGAGCCGAAAGCGAGGGAGAAACGGGCAGAAACCCGCUGGAAGGAUCAGGAAGAGAAAGAAGCCACGGAACAUUCGGGCCUUGCCACGGGCUUGAGAUCAAGAAAGACAACAGUCCGCCCUGGAGGGAACCCAUCGGAGCGUGACUCCGAGCCGAGGGUAACUCCACGUGCCAAGAGAGGUGCCCACAGUCUUCAAAAGGAAGAUGACAACGUGACCGUCAGGAAAAUAAGAACCAGGAGUCAGAAGUCGUCGGGGCGGUGAAGAUGAUGCAGCUAAAGUUUAAGGAGGGGGUGGGGGGUAAUCAAUUCAGUGUAGUGAUAAGCUCUAGUACCAUAUUUGCUGUAAAUUUUAAAGUGAAUUCUGUAAAUAAGCCUCUGGGGUCCUCAGGGAACAAAGCUUAGCAUUUUCUGGCUCUAAAGAGUUUUUCGAAAACCUCACGUGCUGAUGACGAAGCGGACUGCCGGGUCUCACAAAGUGAUAAAACUUUAAACCUGGGGUGGG